AUGCUUUUCAUAUUGUGGUUGAUGCUUCCGCAAACACAGGGCGCCACCUAUUUUUAUUAUACGUUUGUUGAUCCGACGCUUACACGUCACGAAGAAGACAUCGACUCGACCUUAGGAAGGGCACAGCAAAAAGCAAUCAAUAAAGGAGCCGAGUGGGGUAAAUAUGGAUUCGUUGCAUUAAAAAAUGUAGCCGCUGAUGGUCUCGUCAAGGGGCUACAAGUAGUAAUUCCGAAUUAUAAUUACCAACAAGAAGAUGGAAAAAUAUCGGUAGAAAAAAUAUUACCUCAUGUUUUAUCAUAUUUGUAUGUCAAUACUUCGGAUGUAAAUGCAUCAGAAAAUGUUAAAGAAGAGUAG